AUGUCCGAGUACCGACGCCAGGCGCACUCGAAAUACAAAAUGCCCGGGGGUCUGCUGCCUCCGGUGAACCUCGGCGAGGGUUCUGGGCCUACGCACGCCAAUUCGGGCUUGCGCACAGACUCCAAAAUGGCUUCAUUUGUUGCAGUGCCUGACCGAAAGGCCACCUCCUCGCCCUUCAGACACUCGGGGCAGUUCAGCAACUCAUUCACCUCGCUUGCUAGCCUCAAAGAUCUUAGCGACCGAGAUCUCCCGGUCAAAGCCAGCCCUCGCAACAAUAAUAGCCAUGGCACCAACAACAGUAACAACAGUAACAACAGUAGCAGCAACAACAGCGCCAAGGAUGUGUCUAUCCCCACGACACCCAGAUCCAGCUCUCCCGCUACAGCCGCUCUGUCACCAGUAGACGAAAUGAACAGUCCCAAGAGCCCUACCGAAGCGGCAUAUUCGUCCGGUCAAACGCCGCCUUAUUUGAGAAACAUGACCAUGAAACGACGGAACAACAGCAAGUCGGCCACACCGCCUCCUUCGACUCCUGGACUGCUUGGACGAGCAGGAGACAAUGGCAAAAAGAGCAAGGACGAGAUUCAGGCAUCCCCACGGUUUCUGGAUGUCAACAAUAGUCAGUGGAGAGAAGCCGCCACAAGCCACAACUCCACAGCUAACCUGGGACCCAACUCGAAUUCCAACUCCACAACUGGAAUGCCUCCCCGAUCAGCCUCGUCAUGGAUGAUGAGCAACACCCCCAUUGCACCCAUAGCACUCAUGGGCCACGCUGGUUUGAGAAACGGACAAGGUGGAAACAAGGGAGGCCGCGCAUUCGAUCUAGGAGACGUCCUGUCUAGAGACGACGACUCGGAUAGUAGCAGCAGUCGCAGUGUUAGUCGAAGCCGCAGCGUCAGCCAUGAUCCUGACGAACGAAGUGGUCGUGCUAGCUCGCCUUCAUGCAUGGAUGAUUGGGACGGUGAUAACAGGCUUAACAUGCUCAUGGCUAUCACUGGUGACAUUCCUCAGACACCCAUGAGUGCUGGAGGAGGUUUCUCAGACGACUUUACUAAUGAUUCACCUGGAAGCCCUCCAAUGAGUGCUGGCGGCGCUGGCUGGAUGGGCCACCAAGGAGAAGAUGUGGACGCCCUGGGCAUCCUGGAAAAACUGGAUCCUGCCCCUACGUUGGUUGACUACACUGCUCUAAUCGAUGAUUAUGGUGAUCUAGGGUCUCAGGACGUGCGAAAGCAAAAAAUCAAGGAGUUCAAACGCAAACUCCAGGAACGCGCUCAGCAAGAUAGCGAGCCAGUUGCAAAGUCUAUCUCUGUGGUGGACGCCACUCAGCAUAUGAAAUCCAACCUCAUCAGUAACGUCGGUGCUCAGAUCGGAUCUGUUGAAACUCGACUUUCUAAGAAGCUGGAACUCUUUCAAGCCAAUCUCGAGGCCCUCAUUGAUCUCAAGGCUCGAGCCAAAGAAACAGUGUUAGCAUUCAAGAAGGAGACGCUUACAUCUUAUGAGACGUUCAACUCACAACUGGACCAUAUUCGUGCCAUCCAGGAGUCGUCUGAAGCCAUCGAACUGCUAGAAGAGCGAAUUGGAAAUUGUAGAGCUAAAGUGACGGAGUACAAGGAACGUCUCAAGACGGUAAACCAGUGGAUUGAUGAACAGGAACGGUUUGAUCGACUCUGGUCUCGACGUAAGCGAGCCGCCUUCAAGAUUACUGUGUCUGUGCUUGUUGUGAUCCUGCUCAUCUCCUCACUGGUUCUCUUUGUUGCUACAUUGAGAGGAGGUUUCGGUAAGAGUCUGAAGCUUGGAUUCAAAAAGGCGAAAGGAAGCACUGUGACACUUUCCAAACAGAGUCAGUUUGAUGAUGUUUUGCAGUGCCUUGGUGACUUUGACCAUUGUCGUUUCAAGAAUGACAUGAAGGAAUUGUAG